AUGACGUCAGAGGUCUCUAGCGUCUCCCACGACUAUAUAAUCACAGAGGACACCCUACUCAAAACACCGACACUCCUGGGUCCUUCAGAAACAAUGAACUCCGUGAUUUUCCUUACUGCACUUUGCGUGGCUGUAGCCACAUCAGCUUUGGUCAAACGCCAGGCACCUCAGAACCCUACUCUAGGAAACGGUCCGUUCCCCCAAUUCCCUCAGCUCCCACCUAACGGCACGUUCCCCCAAUUUCCUCAACCCCCACCCAACGGCACUGUCCCCCAAUUUCCUCAACCCCCACCCAACGGCACGUUCCCCCAAUUUCCUCAACUCCCACCCAACGGCACUUUCCCACAAUUCCCUGCACCUCCACCCAAUGGUACCCUCCCCCCGUUUUCAUUCCCACCACCUCCUCGAGGCCCAUUUCCCCAAGGUCCAUUCGGCAUGCCCGCACCUCAACAAGGUCCAUUCGGCCCAUCCCAACAAGGUCCAUUUGGCAUGCCCGCACCUCAACAAGGUCCAUUCGGCCCAUCCCAACAAGGUCCAUUCGGCAUGCCCUCACUCCCUCAAGGAUUCCAACAAAACGGUGUAAGCUCACAGUCCUAGAACUCAGAAUACAGUCAAGGCUGCCACUAUAGACACGUCAUUUCUCGUGGUGAUCUCGGCAUUUCCCUUGUGCCAUGGACACGACAGAAGCUUACAAAACAAUUGUCAAACAUGUAAUAAAUGUGUGUGAGCUCAAAAGGUG